AUGGAGGUCCAAGGCGAGCCCAGUAUCGCACCUCAGCCUGCCGACCCCAGUACCACACCCGCAGCUCCUGACCCUCACGAAGUCGACGUUCAUGGCCUCACAGCCAGGUUCUUUCUCAAAAGACCCAUCGAGGACCUGAUCCCAGUGCGCUUUCUGAUGCAAGCUGAGCAACACCCUGUCACCCACCGCAACGCCUGGAUUUUUCGGGAUGGCACCCAAGAUGGACGAGAUGUCGACCUGGAUGAGUGGUCACCAGUCGAUAUGCGCUACCGUGGAGUGUUCAAGUCCCUUGCAAAGGUCCCACAAUUUACCAAAGGGCUGUGGGAAGGCGGAUGUGAGUUGUUCGACUAUGAUGUGGGCACCAAAAACCCCAGGGUGCAAGCCCAUGUCAUCUAUGCGCUUCUGCAUGAGAUCGGUGAUAUGUUGAAUAUCUCACGACCGACUUGUAAGGAGGACGUAAUCUUUUACGCAAAACCGCGUCUUGUUUCCCGGCCACUUGAAUACUGGACAGGUUAUCGGGAGAAGUACAAAGAUGGACCACGUGCUUCAGGCUUUCUAUCACUCGAUUUCCAUCCCCAACAGGACUUUUCGGUUUCUUUGUAUCCAGUUUCAACGACCACAGAAGCUGAAACUUUCAGCUCCUGCCUUCGAGAAAAGUUCAAGCUCAUUCUUGGCCAGCUUCUUUUACACCUGCGACGUCUCCGCGCCCCGGGAGAUAAGAUUCCAGACCAGGAAGCUUUCUUACUAGGCCUACAUGGCUCAAAGCUGCAUAUCUUGCGAGCAUUCUUCCCAGGCCAAAAGACCUCAAGUAUUUGGUGCCAGCGCGAGCUCCCAAUGCCCGAGAUUUCCAUAUCUGGCCUCACAAUCCAAGACAGAACACCCAGUCCUCCGGCCUCGUACACAUCAGAUACGAAUGAUGGACAGGCGUACCAUAUUGAACACACUGCAGAAGAUCACCCAGAACACGCGAGCAACACUACAGGAAAUACCAACGGUCGACGAUCCCAGAGCAACCGCUUCUAUUCUGCUGAGAACAUCGAGCGAAUCCGCCAACACCUGGAAGAAGCCAAGCUCAGCACCUUAGACAACGAGCUCGAGACCCGCACAUUCCGCGUCCUCGGAACUCGCGAAUAUGACCUCUGGUACCCAGAAGAUUUCAAAGCAGCAGUUCACGCCCUUGCUGCAUUAGAGCUCUACCUAUUCAGCGGCGAAGCCCGUUGCGGUGGCCUACAAGAAAUCUUUGAAUGGAACCCCUAUGACCCGUACGAUGGUCGCAGUGAAGACAAUUGGCCAGUGCAAAGCGAUGCAGAGCGUACUGCCCGGCUGGAGACCGACAUACAGCUUGAGCAGCAAAUGUUUGCUGAACAGGAGGAAGACCUCCGGCGCGAGGAGGUUAUUCGCAUCGCAGAUGAUCGGGAGGCUUUCCGGCUGAGUGAAGACCUGAGGAGUUCUGGAGGGGAUCGUAUUGGUAGUCUGAGUGAGUCAGAUGCAAACAGCAACUGCUGGGAGUGGAUCUGGCCAGAUGAUGCGGAUGUCGGAGAGAUGAAGGAGAUUAAUGCUGAUACGGACGAUGAGAUGAUCAUUGGGCAAUUAGAUCCUGUCUUCAACCUGUAA